CAUUAGUGUCAAAAACAGCCUGAGCUGCGGAUGAUUGUUACGAUGACGGUUGUUCUCAGUGCUGUUGACUUUUAUCGUCGACCCAGUCACAUGAUGAGAAGUGAAACUGAUUCCUGCCUUUACCCUCACCUUCAGCUUUCACCUUCACUUUAAAGGUUCAGUUCACGUCACUGAUGAACUUCCAUACGUCCAUUUAGAGACACCCACAGGAAUGAUCAUGUUGUCCUCGGUCGCCCACUCGCUCCGUCUUGGUUGCCAAGGAAGCAGGCGGUCCAUAGCAACUGUCAUCUCUGGGAACAAGACGUCCAAGUUGGUGAGAGAGAGGCUGAAGAACGAGGUGGAGAAGAUGAAGAGUCAGUUCUCAGGGUUCAGACCCAGUCUGGUGGUCUUACAGGUGGGAGACAGAGACGACUCCAACCUGUACAUCAGCACCAAACUGAAGGCUGCAGCUGAGAUUGGAAUCGAUGCGAAACACGUGAGGCUCCCGAACACAGCGACGCAGGACGAGGUCCUGCGGAGCAUCAUGUCUAUCAACGAGAACCUGUCGGUCCACGGUCUGAUCGUUCAGCUCCCUCUGGACUCUGUGAACCACAUCAACAACGAACUCGUCACUAACGCCGUGUCCCCAGAGAAGGACGUGGACGGUCUGAGUUGUAUAAAUGCAGGGAAGUUGUCUCGAGGUGACCUGAGCGACUGUUUCAUCCCCUGCACUCCCAGCGGCUGCAUGGAGCUCAUCAGACAGACAGGUGUGUCUGUGGCGGGGAAACACGCGGUCGUGAUCGGUCGCAGUAAAAUCGUCGGCGCUCCAAUGCACGACCUGCUGCUGUGGAACCACGCCACCGUGACCACCUGUCACUCAAAGACACCUGACCUACCUGAACAGGUGAGCAGGGCUGAUAUCCUGGUGGUGGGAGCAGGUAGAGCAGAGAUGGUGAGAGGAGAGUGGGUGAAGGAGGGAGCAGUGGUGAUCGACUGUGGAAUCAACCACAUACCAGAUGAGACGAGGGUGAGUGGUAAGCGGGUGGUCGGAGACGUUCACUACACCUCAGCCAAUCAGAGAGCAGGAUUCAUCACACCUGUUCCAGGAGGGGUGGGGCCGAUGACGGUGGCCAUGCUCAUGGAGAACACGGUGCAGAGCGCUCAGCGUUUCCUCCUCAACAAUCAGUCGAGGACGUGAAACAUUCAACUGAACCAGCGAGGGAACUCAGAGACAGACAACUGUGGACAAGUGUGGACAGGUGUGGACAGGUGUGAAGAGGAGGAUGUUGGUGGCUCUGACACACAGACGAUGAUCUUCUUCUUCUUCUUCUUCUUUUAUGUGUUUCCUCUUCUGUCCAUUUUCUGACAUAAGUUUUUUUCUCUCAGUCUGACAGAAAUCUUUAUUCCUCUCUUCAUUGUCAGAGUUUGUUCAGAUGUCACUCACAGUUCAUCCAUUAAAACGUGGAGAGAACAGAUGUUUUUCUGGCUGAUUCCUGCAGUGAUAAAAACAGAUCCUGGACCUGCUCUGCUUGAACCUGGUUUUAUCAGUGUUCAGAUAAUUAAACAGAAAACUUGUAAAACAAUGUGAGAGAUGAACAGAGGAGGUUUGAUGGAGAAAUCUCACCUUCACUUUUUAAUUCUGAUGUUUUCUGUUUCUCUUCAAACAGAUCGAUGAUGUUUGAUUUUCUCUUUGUUUAAUUCAUUAACGUCCAGCAGCUUUAAUUAAAACCUCUUGUUAGAACUGCAGCAGCUCAUUACAAUGUCCGCCGCCCCCUGAUGGUCGUCAUGGUGAUGAUGGAGCAGAGGAGGAGGUCACGUUAUGCAGCAUAGAGAGGACGUUCCCUCAGGAGACUGAUGGUCGGGUCAUGACCUCAGCUGUGUUGUUAAUAGUGUAACCAUGACGACGGUUCACCUGCUGUUUUCAGGGCGAUACCUCAGGGCACGCUCCUAUUGGUCGAUCAGGAUGAAGAAUAAACAGCCCACGACCUUUAACCCCUCCAGAACAGAAGGGAGUCAGAGGUCAUGGAAACGUGAUCAAGUAUCUGAUCAGUGUAUUGAUUAUUGAUCCUGUCCAACUCAUGUAAAUGUUGUUAGAAUUAUUGUAAUGUGAUUAAUGUCUGGUUUCAUUAGAAUCAUGUGACUCUGUUUCCUGUCUGUUCUCUGUGCUGUAACAUCAAUUUAAUAAAGUUUGAUUGAAUCACA